AUGAACUUCAACUUAGACGAACUCGUGCAUGACAGUGACGACGACAUUGUCGAUACUGUCGCAAUUAUUGUAGCACAUGAUAAGCUUAACGAAGAGAAUGACGGAAAGCACGGCGGAUCCCGUCCUGGACGUAGUCCAAACGUCUUGCGAGACUUUUCGAGUGGGCAUCGCCGCAUAAUGCUGGAUUACUUUUGGGACGAGCGGAGCAUGAGGGAUGAUGGAUCGGGAGAGCGGGGUCCUGUUUACAGUGCUGGCCUCUUCGAAAGAAGGUUCAGAAUGCCGAAAGAGCUUUUUCUCCGCGUGUACGACGGUGUCAUGGAGAGAAACGCCUACAUAAGACUGGGGAUUAAUUCGGACUGUACAGGACGAAAAGGAAUCCAUCCGCUGCAAAAGGUUGUUGCUUCCAUGAGGCAGCUGUCCUACGGCAUUCCAGGUGACGCUGUGGAUGAGUACUGUAGAAUGAGUGAGACUACCGCUCUGAAGUCGCUCCGAGAGUUUUGCCGGGGUGUGGUUUCUGCAUUUGGAAUUGAAUACCUGCGCGCGCCGACGCAAGUAGACCUUCAGCGCAUUGAAGCGCGAUUUGCACAGGUAGGAUUUCCGGGCUGUAUGGGAUGUGUGGACUGUGCAGGGUGGGAUUGGAAAAAUGCACCCAAAGCACAUCAAGGUCAUAACGUAGGAAAAGAAAAAGUCUCUACACUACGAAUGGAAGUUAUUUGCGAUUUGGAUCUUUGGAUAUGGCAUUGUGCCUUUGGGUACCCUGGAAGCAUGAACGACAUCAACAUCCUUGAUGUCAGCCCGCACUUUGCAGAGGUUUUAAGCGGAGUCUACCCUCCUUUCCGCGUGGAAAGUGUAAUUGCAGAAAAAAGGUUUGACUGGUUCUAUUACUUGGCUGACGGAAUAUAUCCGAACUACAAGGUUUUUGUCAAGACUUUGCCGGAGACACAAAAUCCGCGAAAGCAAAUGUUUCGAAUGCGACAAGAGGCAGUUCGCAAAGCAGUAGAACGGGUUUUUGGGGUCCUGUUCGCUCGCUGGAAUAUUUUAUAUUCCCCCGGGAGGCUCUGGAGCGCAAGUGAUAUGGAGGAAAUUGUCUCUGCCUGUGUCAUACUUCACAAUAUGAUCGUCGAAGAGCGCAGAGGAGGGAUAUCUGAUGCGGAGAUUGACGCUCUGAUAGCUGCCGACUCUAGGUCCAUCAUUGUGCCAAUUCCCGAUGGUGAGAACGGCGGUACAGGGUGCUUUACGUCUGCAGUUAGAAUUGGGUCGACAGGGCACGAUCGUGGGGAUUAUGCCAAGCAUGUGGCGCUCACAAAAGCCUUAAUCACGCAUAUUUGGCAAUCUUACGCUAAUACGGAACCUGAAUGA